UGCAGCAUCGGGACACCGGGCGCAGAAGGAGCUGAGCUCGUACGAACCUCAACGACUUCGUUACAAGUGGGAGCGCGAUGGGAGUGCCCAACUUUGUGUUGUUGUUACUGUUGGCCACACUCAGUUCAAGGUCCGUGGCGGGUGUCGAUCUAUCUACCCAGGGCGUACCAACCUCCACCACCGACCAUCAGCAGCAACAGCAAUCACCCCAGCAGCAAUCAUGUGCCUCGGUCCAGGAGCGGCUUGCGGCCCUCGAAACCAGGAUGACGUCCAGGGAUGAGGAGCUGGCGAAGAUGCUACAGCUGCUGCUCUCCAAUCAGCGCGAGAUCCUACGCCAACUGCUAUCAGCCACCUCGGCCAAGUUCGGGUUCGUGGGCGACGUGAUGCAACCGCCGGCGAACGGGCUGACGGACGGGAUGUUCGCGCCGCGCCUGGCGCAUCCACCGGCGGCGUACCAGGACACGCGGGCGGGGCCGGCCGGCCACGGCAGCGGGUUCCACUCGCGCAGCUGCCGCGAAAUACCGGACGGGAUGUCGGGCGAGGAAACGAUCUACCCGAGCGCGGUGCCGGGCGGCAGCCCGGGGGAACCGCUGGAGGUGUACUGCGACCAGGACUUCGAGGACGGUGGCUGGAUCGUGAUCCAGAACCGCUUCGACGGGUUCGUCAACUUCAACCGCAGCUGGGAGAGGUACCGGGACGGGUUCGGCGACAUCGGCACCGAGUACUGGCUCGGGCUGGAUCACAUUCACCUGCUGACGGCGGCCGUGCCGCACGAGAUCGCGUUCGUGGCCGAGUCGUUCCGGGGCGAGCGGCGCUGGGCCCGCUACACACUGUUCGAGGUCGGGGGCGAAACGGAUCGCUACCGGCUGCAGAAGCUCGGCGUCUACUCUGGCACGCUCGGCGACGAGUUCACCUACAACAAGGGCAUGGAGUUUUCGACGUACGACCAGGACCACGACCAGUUCGGGGACGUCAACUGUGCGCUGCGGACCGCCGCCGGCUGGUGGCACCGCAGCUGCACCCGCAUCAACCUGAACGGCAUCUACGGGAACGAGUCGGGCGUGCGGUUCGCGUACUGGCUCGACUGGCUUCACCUGAACGGUCUCAAGCGGACCCGCAUCAUGAUCCGGGAGAUUAAGCGUCGCCACAAGUAGGGUUAGGGUUAGGGUUAGGGGGGCUCGGCUGGGCUGGGCUCGGUGGUAGUAGUAGUAGAAGGGUCAGGCACCGGAUGUGCUCCAAGGAUGACGGAGCACGACGACGGAGAGGGAACCCCGAAGUGACAGUGCUUUGCAAUCAGAACGGUGCAGCUCAGCAAACGAACGGAGGAAAACCUGAGUGUCCGCUGCAAAAUGUAUCACAACCGUCUCUGGUCGGGGGAAAUUAUGUUAACCUUAAUUCCGAUGACAGAAAAAUACGGGGACCCUUAUACCCCCCCAAAUAAAGCAUU